AAGAUGCCGUCUUCCAAACUCAUACUUACAUAUACAAGUAAAUUGUCGCGAGAGAUUUCUAGUGACGCCAUCUCCCUCCUUUCCUUCACGCUCACGCGCGAAAUUCGCGUCCAAGCUGCACCUCGCUCGCCAUGUCUUCCAGUGAACCCUCACCGGGAUCCACUACAUUAGACAUCCUGCGGGCUUACAGUCAUCCUCCUUCACCUUCAUCUCCGGGCGCGACGGAACCCACUAAUAGACCAACAGAGAUUAACUUGUCCCUCCAGGACCCAGGUUCUAGAUAUUCAAGUAUGUCAUGCAGUCCAACGUCAAUUAUAUUUCCUGGGGACAACUUGAAUGGCUCGCCCAGCGAGACCAACGCAUCACCCUUUCGAUGGAAUCUACCCUCCCCCGUGGAACUUUCAGUGGGCGUGCCACUGCCUGGUGGGAAUGAACAGGAAUCGGAACCAACAGCACACAUCUGGCAGGGUUGGAAAGUCGUUCUAUUUGGCUCAUGGUUUAACCUUUUAUUGUUGCUGAUUCCUGUUUCUUGGACGCUGAGCUUCGUGCUCGAGAAGCACCACAAGGUUAUAUUCAUCUUCAGCAUCCUGUCCAUGAUCCCUCUUGUAAAGCUUCACGAUCUUUCAACUCGUGAACUGGCCCUUCGUAUCGGAGGCACCAAGGCUGGUUUACUUAAUGCGAGUAUGAGUAAUACUGUCGAGAUGGUCAUCGCGAUUACCGCCCUCAGGAAGUGUGAACUAAGGGUCGUACAAUCUUCGCUCAUUGGCUCGAUUUUGAGCAAGUUACUCCUUGUCCUAGGAAUGUGCUUCUUUGCAGGCGGGCUUCGCUUCUCUGAACAAGGAUUCGGCCAGACUGCUACACAGAUACAUUCAUCACUUUUAAGUAUCAGCGUUGGUGCUCUGCUCCUCCCUGCUGCGUAUCACUUUGCAAUCAGUGGCGGAAAGGAUUCUGGCUCCUUUGAGCAGAAGGAUGAUAUUCUGAAGAUGAGCUAUGGGGUUUCAAUCAUACUCAUGUUUAUUUAUGUUGCAUAUCUUCUCUUCCAGUUCUGGUCCCACAAGCAUCUCUAUCAAGAUUCAAAACUUAAGAGCGACAAGCUAUCGGUCAAGAUUCCAGUUCAUUCACGUUAUCUAACCGACAUGCUCUCUGCAUCCACAGCUUUGCACGACAAACCUGGUUGCAUGCAUGAUGGUCGGAGUUCGGUUUCGACUCUUCGACGUGUUUCCGCGCUGCCCAGAUUUCCUUAUAGGAACUCGCAGUUGAAUUCUUCCUCUGAGAUCACGCUGACAGGGAGCAAAGAUCAUCUUCCGGAAACGACUAAGCAGGAGGUUGUACAGGACUCUACUCAUCGAUUGGCUGAGAGACUGUCACAGCAAACUACGCAAAAUGAACACGAUCAUGUAGAUGGCAGCACUGUUGCCUCCUUAAAUCCGCCCUGGAGUACAUCACCAAUGGAAUCCGCCGUUGAUACCGAUCCUAUCCGAUGCGCUUCACCGGAGCCUAUGAGUACCUCUGAACAUGCUAAUCUACACAGGUCGCCAUCAGCAGUGGAUAGUUUCAGAGAGCCGCAGCUGAGCUGGAUGGUUACCCUUUUACUAUUGACAUUAGUCACUAUUACGGUGACCAUCACUGCUGAAGAUCUUGUGGAAUCCAUGGACGGAAUCGAAACAACGAUCAGCAAGCAAUGGGUCGGUCUUGUCUUGCUUCCUGCAGUCAGCUCUAUCGCAGAAUGCGUUACUGCAGUCAAUACUUCUGUGAAGGACCAGCUGAAUCUGAGCGUGAGCAUUGCUGUCGGGUCGUCUAUACAAACCACUCUCUUGGUUAUUCCGCUCAUGAUUACCCUUGGAUGGAUCAUAGGCAGGCCACUGGCUUUACUAUUCGACCCGUUUGAGUCUGUGGUUCUCUACGUUUCAGUGCAAACCAUGAGUCUCGUGGUUGCGGAUGGCAAAUCAAACUGGUUAGAGGGUGUCAUCUUAAUCUGUUUAUACGUCAUCAUAGCCGUUUCUUUCUGGUUCUACCCUACUGCUUCGAGUCUCCCGAGCGAACUUGCUGUCUGCGUGUAACGACAAUCGGUCUUUAGAACAAUUUCUAUCUCGCGUCCCAGGACCAUAUUUUCCCUGUAGAGUAGAAUGCCCAGUCCACUCAUUCAAGUAUGGGUGUUGUCCUUCGUUUCAUCUUCACGUUCUUUACGGAUUUAUCAUUCAUUUACUUUACAUCCUACUUCACACACCUUGUAUGGCAUGAACUAUUUUUGACAGUAGAACAUCUAAUCGAUGUACUUUAUUUACUACUUGACACAAUAUUAUGUGGUUGCCUUGUUGUAUACCA